AUGUCCAUAAAAUGGAACGAAGGUAGUUCCUAUCCAACGAGUUUCGACUACUCAGCCUAUAACCCACAAUAUUACAAUGGUAUGCGCGCCGGCUAUUACGGUAACGCGCUUGCGGCUGGCGCUACUGCAGCGUAUACGGGCACCGCGCUGUCCGCGGAGGCCUCGUCCGAGCUGUCAGCUUUCACGUUGAAAUGUGAUCGAAAAGGAGGAAAAUCAGCCAAGAAGAAGAAGACCGGCUCGUGCUCACCCGGCGAUGCUCAUUUUGCGAGGGUUUUCGUCUGGGAACUCGAUGACAUAUGUACCCUUACAACUAGUUCAUUGAAUGGACUCGCUCACAAGGCUCCCCAGUUCUCCCGAGCUGUGGCGCUCCUGCAAAACUUCGCUGCCAGGGUAGUCGCUCUCACGUUUCCAGCCGAUCAACUAGAGGAAAGUGAACUGUGCAAUGUGGAAGAUGCUGCAUUGGAGGAGAGUUUGGGUGAUGGUGCUCUUGUCGACGGACGCCCUGGUAGAACACGAUGUGGCAUGUCUUCGCAAAAAGACGAGAUCAACGACGCAUGCAGACAGAUCGAGCAGCUUUUCGGUGGCAGAACCGAUGCAGCAAGACGAUGGACUGAGUGUCGCCAGCGGACAGCUGUUUCUUCGGAGAAAUACGCGAACGUCGUGCUUUGCUCCCGAUCCGCUAGUGGCAGCCGUUGCCCAGUUGUUGCUGGCAGGCCUAGGCUCCCGCAGUACCCAUUGAAAACAUCUACAGUACUAGCAAAGCAGGAAGGGAAGCCGUUCUGGAUCGGAUCCAAAAUCGAUUCGGCAAAAAGUGCAGCUACGUGGUGA